CAAAAACACGAAAAUUAAGUCGUUUUUUAUGAUACGUGAGCUCAGAUUUGAUUUUAUGUUGAGAUUCUUUUUGAGAAAAAGUUUUCCCAAACUUGAUUUACACACUUUUGUAAGAAAGGGUAAGAAACUGAAGAAAAUGUGAGAAAAGCUUAUAUUAAUCCACACCCACUACCAGGCACGCAUGGAAUUCCCUAGGGCCUGGGGAACAAAUGAGUUUGUCCCUAAUCCAGCCACCUAGGAACGCGUAGCAGUGCAGAGGCGGGCGGGGACCUGGCCUCGCCGGGCACGGCGAAGCCCCCACCUCCCGCAGGUCCCGGAGGCCGCCGCGUCGCGGGGAGCUAGGCUCGGGCGGGCGGCGGUUGCGCCGGGGGAGCCCCGCAAAGAGCAUCAUGAGGGCCGACUCGGGGCCUCGGCUGGAGGAGGGACCCUCGCGUCCUCCACGAACCCUUCCACCUGUACCAAGUCCUAUUCAAGAUGACAUUCCACUUAAUCGUCCUAAGAAAAAGAAGCCCAGGACAAAAAACACGCUAGCUAGUGCUUCUUUGGAAGGCCUUGCUCAGACUGCUGUUCAUAGGCCAUCUGAGGGUAGUGAGCCCCCAACUGAAGAACUCGAAGAGCAUCUAGAGGCUCCUGUUCAAAAGAGACAGAAGAAGACAAGGCUACCUCUUGAAUUGGAGACUUCUUUCACCCAAAAGAAGACGUCUAGUCCAUCUUUAUUACGAAAUGAAAAUGGUAUCGAUGUGGAGCCAGCUGAGGAGGCAGUUAUUCAAAAACCUCGAAGAAAGACAAAGAAAACCAAGCCAGCAGAAUUACAGUAUGCCAAUGAGCUAGGAAUAGAAGAUGAAGACAUAAUUACUGAUGAGCAAACUACUCCAGAACAACAGUCUAUAUUCACUGCACCCACUGGCAUCAGCCAUCCUGUAGGCAAAGUAUUUGUGGAAAAAAGCCGGCGAUUCCAAGCUGCUGAUCGUUCAGAGUUGAUAAAGACUACAGAAAACAUAGAUGUGUCAAUGGACAUGAAACCUUCCUGGACCACCAGAGAUGUGGCACUUUCAGUGCACCGGGCCUUCAGGAUGAUUGGUCUCUUUUCUCAUGGAUUCUUGGCUGGCUGUGCUUUGUGGAAUAUUGUUGUGAUAUAUGUUCUAGCAGGAGAUCAGCUAUCUGACCUCUCAAACCUUCUACAACAAUACAAGACCCUAGCAUAUCCAUUCCAGAGUCUUCUCUACUUGCUUUUGGCUCUAAGUACAAUUUCAGCUUUUGACAGGAUUGACUUCGCUAAAACAUCAGUAGCAAUCCGAAAUUUUUUUGCCCUGGAUCCAACAGCUUUAGCAUCUUUCUUGUACUUUACUGCUCUUAUACUAUCUCUGAGUCAGCAAAUGACAAGUGACAGAAUCCACCUUUACACACCUUCUUCUGUUAAUGGUAGCCUCUGGGCAGCAGGAAUUGAGGAACAGAUUCUCCCGCCAUGGAUUGUGGUGAAUCUGGUUGUGGCUCUUCUGGUCGGAUUAUCUUGGCUUUUUUUGUCUUAUAGACCAGGCAUGGAUCUUAGUGAAGAGUUAAUGUUCUCUUCUGAUGUGGAAGAAUAUCCUGAUAAAGAUAAAGCAAUCAAAGCCUCUUCAUAAUGCCAACUCACCUUCAGAGGAAUAAUGACCCAGUAUUUUUCCCAUUUUUGUUUUUAAAUAUAUUUUUAUAAGAUGUGUAUAUGUGCAUUUGUAAUAGAUUUUUUUAUUAUAUAAUACUGAAACAUUUCUCAAGAUUAUGAAAAAUGUUAAAAUUGUAUCUGCUGUUUAUACCCAAACAUUAAUUUCUAUAGCAUUAUCAUCUCAAUGACAAAGGAGAUAAUGAGCUAGAAACCAGCAGGUGAAAGUGUUUAUUUCCUUUUUUCUCAAAUUAGUUGUAUUUAUAAUCAUUAUCUUAAAAAGCACUAAUUCAGAAAAAGCCAUAACUUUAGUGUUAUAAAAUAUAUAUCAGGUUUAAACAUAAAUUUAGAGUAUAAGGUAGAAGGGAAAAAAGGCCUUUAUUAUUUAUUUUUGAUGUCUCUUACUGAAUAAAUUGAAAUAUGAAAUUUGUCUUUUCUGAAA